UAUAAGCAAUUCAACUCAAAAGGGCAACCAUCUAUCCUUCUCCUGCUGUUUCUUCUCCUCCUUCAUUUCCAUCUUCUUUUUCUGAGUGAAGAGUUUUAGUAGGAAACAUAUGUCUAGGAUAUAUCCCACAGAGUCUGGAUGGCCCACCAAACGGCCCAGCUCGACAGACGGCCCGACUUUACUAACGGUCUGGAAGAAGUCUAGCAUGGCAUUCCAGGGGACCGACGGGUUCUCGGUUUUCGACGGCAAGGGGAGGUUGGUGUACCGAGUCGACAACUACUCGAGGAAGAAUCGGUACAUGUCAGGGGGGCUUGUUCUCAUGGAUGGAACUGGGCGGGCUCUAUUGACUCUCAGGCCUCAGAUUUUGAGCAUGACCCACCGAUGGAACGGCUUUAGAGGCGACAAUUGCUUGAAAACUAGGCCUGUGAUGCCCGUUUUCUCAAUGAGAAGGCGAUCGAUACUCCAGAACAGCGAUGAAGCUGAAGUUUUCUUGAGUGGCCCCAAGAACCAUGUCCCAAUACCAGAUUUUACAAUGGACGGCUGCUUUAGGAAGCGGCAUUGCAAGAUCAGGAGUGCCACCGGGGAGCUGGCUGCUGAAAUAUCUAGGAAGAAAGUAAACACCACAGUUUUGCUUAGCGACGAUGUAUUUAGCCUGGUUGUUCAACCAGGCUACGAUUGUGAAUUGAUCAUGGCUUUUGUUAUUGUAAUGGACCGUAUCUGUGGGAAACCAUAUGCCCCUGCCUUUUGUUCUUGAUGGUCAGACUGUAACAUCACCAAUGAGAUUUCCUGUACUAAAUUGUAUUGAGAUGGCUUUGAUUUUGUAAAUAAAAAUCAUACUUGUUUGCAUGAGAAUGUGAAAAUCAGUAUUAAGAUUUCUCAUUGGAAAACUAACCUACCCAGGGUUGAUUAAUCCGGACAAAACCAUAUCGAAAAUUAUGAAGUGAGGUGUUGUUUGAGAAUGUUCAAAAGUCACAAAAGAUGCCUCUCGUUAAUCGACCAUUAACCUUUUAACUUUCUAUGAAAAAUUGCACUUCAAAGGGUUUCGCAGCUUUCUAUUUUGUAGGGAUCUCAUGUCCUCAUUUUGGUUUCUCUAUCCAAACAUCCCUUGGGAAUUGUCAGAGCAUGAUAUAUAUGUUACAAUGCCUAAUGUCCAAGUUAUGUUAUAAGAGUUAUUAGAUAAAAGUUCUACAUAAAUUUGUAAUAUCUUGUUUGAUUGAAAAGCAAGAAGGAUAAUUACUUUUUCUUUACUAGGUACAUAAUUAUAUAAGUUAGUAGAUAAAAAUAACUUUUAACCAAAUUCUAUCAUUUUUAUUAUUAAAGUCAACACCACAUCAUGUGUUCGAGCUACAAAAAGAAUGACCAAUGGAAAGGACAAUCUGGACCAGAGUGAAAGCUGCGACAUCGUGGGAAAGGCUACCAGGACAACUAAAGCAAAGCUGCCAAUUGAAAUGGGCUACCUGAAAAAAGUAGAGUGCAACCACCAAGUGGAAUGAGCUUUCUAGAAAAACUAUAGUGCAGCCGCCAUCCUUGAAAAUGGCUACCAAGAAAAGAGGUGAGAGCGAGUGCAACCACGGAGUGGGCCGCUGCAAACGUCAAGCUGUAGAGCAUGGUGAAAUGUUACGAUCCCAAUGGCUUAAAGAGCUUAGCUUGACAUCAUGGCCAUCAGUCUUAGGACUUUCGGCAUAUUGGUUAGGUUCUUAACAACAUCAUAACACAAAGUGUCCUGAUGCACAUCUGUUUCGAGGACCAGAACUGUUUAUUAUCAGGGCCUUGAAAGGCUUUCACACCAGAAGAUACUAGCCAUCUAUUUGUAGGCCUUAGAUCAAAGUUCAAAGAUACUUCCAAUUUGGGAGAUUUUGGGGCUCCGCCAUCCAUGGCAGGUCCCAUCCUACUAACCAUCUAGAUCACCAAAUCAUAAGCCAGGCCUGUAUAUACUUGCAUAUUAGCAUACUUGUAAUGCCUGAUGACCAAGGUCUUAAAGAUACCAACAUUUUCAAUUUAAAAAAAGUCCUUAUUUUCCUGUGGGUUCAAUAUUUACCAUUUCUCCAUUUGUCUGAUUUCUGUUUCAUGACAGUCCAUAGUUAUAUAGUGACGAAUAUUGUGAAAAUCUAUAGUUCAUAUAACAUGAAAUGCGGGGGACAAUUUUACCCUCACAAUCUGU